AUGAGUUCUCCUUCAAUAAAUGUGGCGCAACGGCGUCAAAAUCCAUUUAGUCGAAAUUCCCUUUCUCCCUCUCCCGCGCCACGAGAGACACUGGCAAUAAGAUCUGGCAGGCCCAAAUCCGUUGCGUUUGCGGCACCGGCUCAAGUACAUCCUCCAAGCCAUACCAGGACGUCUUCGUUUGUGCCGUCGACUUCGGAUACUUUUCUAGGCCAGCUAAGCAGACGACGAUCCAACUCCGUACGAAAUAACACGCCCUCUUCUAGUACAUUCGCCCCAGAGUUUAUUAAAUAUGAGGAACUUCGAAAAGGGGCAGACCAGAUACGAGGACAAGAAGGAGAUAAUGACUUUUCGGGGAAGAGAUAUGUUUGGCUAAGAGACCCAGAGAAGGCGUUCAUUCGAGGUCUAGUUCUCGAAGAGACGGAGAACGGCAUGCUAGUUGUUCAGUGCGAUGAUGGCAGUAGAAGGGAGAUUAACAUCGAAAAUGUUGACAAAGUCAACCCUGCGAGAUUCGAUAAGGCAGACGACAUGGCAGAACUCACUCACCUAAACGAGGCAUCAGUUGUCCAUAAUCUACACAGUCGGUAUCAAUCAGAUUUAAUAUAUACUUAUUCUGGACUGUUUUUGGUGACGGUCAACCCGUACUGCCCAUUGCCAAUCUAUUCCAACGAAUAUAUCAAACUAUAUAAGGGCCGAAACCGAGAAGACACAAAGCCGCAUAUUUUCGCAACCGCAGAUCAAGCGUUUCGUAGCCUCGUGGAAGAGGGAGAGAACCAAAGUAUCCUUGUAACUGGUGAAUCUGGCGCUGGCAAAACCGAAAAUACCAAGAAGGUUAUUCAGUAUCUUGCAGCUGUUGCGACGGGAGAAUCGAAAUCAGUAUCGAAACACAUGUCCAACCUUUCGCAGCAGAUAUUGAGGGCAAAUCCGAUUCUUGAGGCCUUUGGCAACGCCCAAACGGUAAGGAAUAAUAAUUCCUCACGUUUCGGCAAAUUUAUUCGUAUCGAAUUCACGCCGUCAGGUCAAAUAUCGGGUGCAUUUAUAGACUGGUACCUCUUUGAAAAAUCUCGAGUUGUGAAGCUCAAUUCGCAGGAACGCAGCUAUCAUGUAUUUUAUCAGCUCUUGCGAGGCGCGGAUGCAGAGACGAAAGAGCUCCUUCACAUGGCUAAUCUCGAUAUUGAAGAUUUUGCCUAUUUGCGAAAUGGAAAUGACUCAAUUGCCGGAGUCUCAGAUGCUGACGAGUGGAAUACGUUGAUGGAGGCUUUCAACGUUAUGAAUCUGUCACAAGUCGACCAGCUAGCAAUACUACGCACCAUCGCCGCCGUUAUGCAUCUAGGUAACGUUUCCGUGGGAAAAGAAAGUUCCCGGGCGGACCAAGCGAAACUCCUGCCAGACUCAUAUCCAAGUGUGCAGUAUGCCUGCGACCUCCUUGGUGUGCCUGUGGAGCCUUUUGUGAAAGGCUUACUUCAUCCUCGAGUUAAAGCUGGUCGUGAAUGGGUAGAAAAGGUUCAAACUCCCGAGCAAGUUCGGUUCACGCUCGAUGCACUAGCAAAAGGCAUUUAUGAACGCGGAUUUGGUGACCUGGUUACUCGCAUCAAUAAUCAGCUAGACCGGAGCAGAAUUGGUGGUGAUGAUAGCUGUUUUAUCGGAGUUCUCGAUAUUGCUGGCUUUGAGAUCUUCGAAAAUAACAGCUUCGAGCAGCUCUGCAUCAACUACACCAACGAGAAAUUGCAGCAGUUCUUCAAUCAUCACAUGUUCGUUUUGGAGCAAGAAGAAUACUCCAGGGAACAAAUCGAAUGGCAGUUCAUAGAUUUCGGAAAAGAUCUCCAGCCCACCAUUGAUCUAAUCGAACUAUCGAACCCGAUUGGUAUAUUUUCCUGUUUAGACGAAGACUCCGUGAUGCCUAAAGCAACUGACAGAUCCUUUACUGAUAAAUUGCACUCGCUGUGGGACCGCAAAUCACCGAAAUAUCGCGCCUCGAGACUUAGCCAGGGAUUCGUUCUGACCCAUUAUGCUGCAGAAGUCGAGUAUAAAACUGAAAACUGGCUCGAGAAAAACAAGGACCCUCUUAAUGAUAACGUAACACGCCUGUUGUCCACUUCCAACGACGGGCAUAUUGCUAACUUAUUCUCCGACUGCGCUGAUUCGGAUGCGGGCUCCACGACUGUGACAAGAAGUUGCGUUAAAAAGGGGUUGUUUCGUACCGUUGCCCAAAGGCAUAAGGAACAGCUAUCGGAUUUAAUGGCGCAGCUUCAUUCCACGCAUCCGCAUUUCGUUCGUUGCAUCUUACCGAAUCAUAAGAAGAAGCCGAAAUUAUUUAAUGGCCCUCUUGUUCUCGACCAACUUCGAUGCAAUGGUGUUUUGGAAGGGAUUAGAAUCGUUCGCACCGGAUUCCCCAACCGACUGCCUUUUGCCGAAUUCAGGCACCGUUAUGAAGUUCUUUGUCGGGGGAUGCCAAAGGGAAUUCUCGAUGGCCAAGCAGCGGUGCACAUGAUGGUCGAAAAGCUGGCCCUGGAUACCUCGUUGUACAGGAUUGGUCUCACGAAAAUCUUUUUCAGGGCUGGAGUGUUAGCCGAGCUUGAAGAACAGAGAGACACACUGAUACGGGAGAUUAUGACAACGUUCCAGUCUGUCGCUCGAGGGUACGUGCAGAGACAUCUCGUUAACAAACGCCUAUACCGAGCAGAGGCAGCCCGAAUAAUCCAGCGAAACUUCCAUGUCUAUUUGGAUCUUAAAGCAUCCCCAUGGUGGACUUUAUUCAUGAAUAUGAAGCCUCUGCUUGGUGAAACCCGUAGUGCGGCCGAGGUCAAAAAGCGGGAUGAACGGAUUCAGCAACUUGAGGCGAAAGCCCAACAGGAUCAAGCAGCUCUGGAAGAAGAGAGGCGCCGAGCGGAUGCUGAGAUGCAACGUAUCAAGAAGACUCUGGAAAGUGAGCGAGCCUUGGCUCUUGACAAGGAAGAAAUCUUUAAGAGGCUCCAAUUGCGCGAGAUUGAGCUUACUGAAAAGCUCGCAGGUGCUAUUGCCGACCAAGAAAGCCUCGAGGACCAGGUUGAUGAGCUUAUUGCCUCAAAGAAAAGGACUGAAGAUGACCUAGAUCUGAGGAGGUCGCAACUCGAACAAGCAGCGCAGUUAAUGAGCCGGCUGGAAACCGAGAAAAAGGAGCUUCAGAUGCGGAUUUCCAAACUUGAUCACCAAUUACAGACUGUGGAGGAAACUUACCAGCAGAAGGACAGCGAUAUUGAGAAACUAAACCAGGAAAUCAAAGUGUUGAAUAGCCACCUCAGUUUGAAGGAACGGAAGUUGCACGAUUUGGAGGCCAAAGUCCUCAAAUCUGGCCAGGACCUCGAUAUAAAACUGGCCGAUACAACGAAAGAGUUGCAGUCAACAAGACAGCAAGUCAAGGAACUCAAGGACGAGAAUCGGGAUAUUCAGCAACAAUUGUCCACACUGUCCUCUACGUCCACUGACUUCGAGCACUUGCUUCGCCAGAAGGAAAGCGAGUUGUCCAUGAUUCGAAGCGAUAUAAGAAAGCAUGAAGCUGACAAGAAGAGGCUCGAGGCGGAGAGAGAUAGUUUUUCAACACGACAUGGUGACAUGCAACGGAGAAUUUAUGAAUUGCAGGCCCAAAUAGAUGCCAUGAAGUCGGAGAACGCCAAUCUAGAACGGGAAGCUGCGGACGCAAAGAAACUGCUGGAAGCUAGAAUAUCCGAAGACGCCCAGUCAGGUCAGACGAGAAAGAUGCUUGAUCAACAAGUCAAAGACUUGAAGGCCCAAUUGUACCAGGUGCAAACGGAACUAAGCCGCGAAAGGCAAUCUAGAGACGAUGUUCAGAUGCUUGGAGAACACAGAUAUGCCCAGCUCAAGGAAGAGUUCGACAAACUCAACGAGUCAAAGAUCACCAUUGAGAAGGAAAUGUAUAUUCAGCAAGACGCGCUUAGGCGGGCCAAGGAAGCGCGCACGGCAGCUGAAGAAUCUCGAAUAGAACUGCAAGCAGAAAUAAUCAAAUUGCGCGAGCGAAUUACAAAAGCGGAGAGUGCACGGCUAGAUGCUGAGACUGCUGCGGAAACGAAAUUGAAGGCACAAGCCAAUGAGCGAGUUACCAGUCUACGGAAGGAGCUGGAUGCCAAAAUCAGACAGCUUGAAGAGACGGACGCCGAAAGGACGCGGCUCGCUGCUCAAGUUCAGAACUUGAGCAAGAUAAUGGCAGAAAAAGAGGAUUUCAAAAUUCGGAAUGAUCAGCACAAAGAGCGCCUGGAGCGGGAGCUAGUCACUGUUAAAGGCAGGCUCGUGGCAUCAGAGAACGAUAAUCGAGCACUUCUCAACAAAAUCCAGCAGAAGAAUCUUGACAUUGCACGCUCCAAUUCACGGGCAAGUGAUACCCAGAGAGCGCGCCUGGCACAACUUCAGAAUGAAAAGGUUCGAUUAGAGGAAACGAACAAGAAACUAACACGUCAGGUUGGCGACUCUCAGCUGACCAUUACCUCCCUGGAGAAGCAAAAGGAGAAGCUUGCGCUUAGCCUGGAGGAUUUGAACCACGAAGUUGCGCGGGAACACAAGGCUAGUCGAAAUGCAGAAAAAGCAGCAAGUGCAUCGAAUAUUCAACUAGCGGAGGCGAAUCGAACCCUCGAAACCGAGCGGCAGGCCAAAGCGCAGGCUCAAGCAAACACUCGGAGACUUCAAGACUCUCUUGAUCAGGCACAUAAAGAGAUCCAGGACUGCCACCAACAGUUGAUUUUGCUGCACAAGGUCUUCAGCCCUGAAAUCACAGAAAUUCCGGCUUCAUGGGAAGAAGUAAAGCCAAAUAUCUCCAAACAGGUGGAUAUGGCGGCAACUUUGGAGUCUGUUCAGGAAAGCCUCCGAGUGAGUGAGGAGAAACGUGCCAGAGCUGAAAGCCAACUAGCAGAAAUGCGCCGUCGCCACGUUGAUGAAGUUGCAGAACUUGAUGCACGAUUUUCCUCGUCAAAACGUGCUCUUCUGGAGGAAAUUGAUCUCAACCAGGUUGCCAACACACGAUCACCUGGCCAUUUCCGUAAAAACUCCGAACCCUUUAAGCGUUACUCAAAUCCCUCCACACCUAACCGUCGAUUUAACCUCAUAGAAACGGCAGGCGACUCUGGACGGUCGGAUAGAACGGUGGACACUGUAGCUUUCCAAAAACGAAUGGACCUUGCUGCUGAGGUUGAAAUGCUACAGAACCAACUUCAAAUGUCUGAAAUGCAAAAUCGGCACCUGCAAAGUCAGCUUGAUAGAGCAACACCUGUUCGCGAUACUUGGCAAGAUGAGAGUCCCUCAGUUCGAAGAAUGAAACUGCUCGAGCGAGAAAACGGUCGCUUGCACGAGAAACUUGACGAUUCCGCUAAGAAAGUCUCGGCUUUGGAAAGAACAAUUCAAUCUGGGGAGCUCACGCUUCGCGAUGUUCAAGCCAAAUCACAUGAAGAGCUCUAUGAUCUUCUCAAUUCGCAGGAAAACUCAAGGAAAUCCCUGCUGCAAGUUCAUAAGUCGACGUUGGCCGACUUGACCGAAGCGAAAUCGCAAUUUGACAAACUCAAGCAUGCGAGGUCGAGUAUGGAGGUCGAAUUGAGAGACGUCACUUCUGAGCUGAGGGAUUUGCAACUUGCCAGAGAGCAAGAUGCCGCCAGUCGUAGCCAAUUGCUACAAGAGUUUUCAGAUCUUCAGAUUCGCCUAGACGCCGAAGCUUCUAAGGUUGUGGACUUGACAUCUAGCUUGAGUCUGUAUAAGAGCCGAGCCGAUGAGUAUUUCAGUAAACUCGAACAAGCUGAGCUUGCUGUUCUAAAAGCCAGCCGAGCCGAACAAUUUGCUAAAUCACAGGCUAAGGAAUUGGAAGAUUCUUGUGCAACGAUCAUGGCAGAGCGGAAGCAAAUGGACAAUCUUAUCGAAGACCUACAGCGGCAAACACAGUCUUAUGAGGAAAAGAUCGAAGAUCUAUCGGCGGACUUUGAUGCAGCACUGCAAGCAAAGAGACGACUUCAAAAUGAAUUAGAGGAUUAUCGGAGCCAGCGAGCUAUGGAUAUCGAAGACAAAGAAGCAUCCAUGGAGCAAACUCGGAAGAAAUAUCAAAUGGAGUUCUCAGGGCUCACGAGCGAACUCGAGAUCGAACGAGAAAAUGUUCUUCAUAUUCGCGGCGAAAAUACUAGACUCCGUGAAGAACUGGAGGACCUCCGGUCGAAAUGGGAUGAUGAAGUUCUUAAUAGCUCAACAUGGGCUAAGGAGAAAUCUCGAAUGGAGAUGACGUUACAAGAUAUUUCCAACUCCCGGGAGGAAGCUAUUCGUGCUCACAACGAUGCCCAAAGUAAAGUAGUGUCGCUUCUUUCACAGGUGCGGAACCUGCGAACCUCGUUCGAUGAGGUCACAGCGGAGCGUGAUCAAGCUACGAAGGAGAAGAGAAGCCUCGAAGGGCGUCUAGCUGAGACCGCGGAACGUCUUGAGAGCUUAGCGAACGGCGAAAACCCAUCCAUGCGGAACGCUGCUGAGAUGGACCGCGAUUUGUUGGAAUUGAAGUCCAAAUUGGCUCAGCAAGAGGAUGUAGCCACCGCUGCCGUCGGAAAAAUGAGGCGGGCAGAAGCACUUGCGACAGAGAUCCAGAAGGAAAUGGUCGCUGAGCGUGAAGCAACUGCCCAGCUGUUUAAAGAUAAAGCUGCACUAGAAAAGCAACUUAAAGAGGCACAAUUGCGAUGCAUUGAUUUAGAGACGAAGGGGUAUUCCUCGGCUAGUCAAGACGUGAGGUUUUUGCACAAACGGAUACAGGAGCUUGAAACACAACUCGAAGACCAAGAGUCUAAGCGGAGUGCCGAACAGCGAUCUGUCCGCAACGUGGAUCGGACUGUCAAAGACCUUCAGUCCCAAAUCGAGCGUCGUGACAAGAUGAAUGCUCAAUUGACCGAUGACAUUGCAAAAUCAAGGGACAAGAUCGAACGCCUUCUGCAAAACAUCGACGAGCUGCAGACCAGCGAGUCCGAGAAUCAAUUACAGGCACGUCGUGCGGAGCGCGAAUUACGCGAGGAAAAGGAGAAGUCCCUCCGAUUAGAGAGAGAAUUGGACGGCUGGAAGUCCUUGCGUGUGGAAAGGGGAAGCGCCAUUGCACGCAGCACCACUUUCACGGGACUGAGCGACAUUGGUAUUGGAGAACGAUUUGGUAGUCGUCGGGGCAGUGGUGUAUUUGUGGGCGGAACAAACGCCGUCAUCGAGGUUCCGCAGAGGAAGACGAGUAACACGAAGGGGUUUUUAUGA